UGGACUAGAGGGCUACCUUAAGCCCGCCAGACGACAAAUUCAAUUAUCUAUUCUCUGCCUCCCAGCAAAACUGGCCAGCCCGGUUAAAAGCAACCAUGUCACAAAGAAUACCCAGAGAUCGAUUGAAUAGAACGAGAAAUGCAUACUCUACCGACAAAAACAUAUCGCAGUCCCAAGAAAAACCGCGCCGCCGCCGUUUCCUGUCUAAACUGAUGCGCUCAGCGACCAUAGCAGCCGGUGAAGAAGUUCUCGCCUCUCACCUCGCACAAGAUCGCGGCCACGGCGGCAGCUAUAUUACAUCUCGCGUGCCCAAGAUGGCUCUACAUGGCGCUUUUGUUCAGACUCUGUUCAAUCAUGUCUUGCUGAAGGGAUGGAAACAUGUUUUUAAAGCCCAUACCAGCCGCAUCGGGAGCAUUAUGCAGAUUCUGGCCGCGAUGGUGAUCGUUGCUCCUCUCCAGAGCGUCAUGCAUCUUCUCUCCAUCGCCUUCAUCACCGGUGCAAGGACGUACCGUAAUUUCAAAGCCAGCGUCAAGGCCGGGUUGUAUGAGACCAUGGUUCUCACGUGGAUUGCUGCUCCUGCGGCCAUCGCCUUUGCGCAGAUAUUUCUACCGCAGAGGGCUUGGUUUCCCUUCUUGCGGUUUGUGUCCUUUACUGUGGAUGCGAUUUCGAAUUCCAUUCUCAAACGGAAGAGACAGGAGGCUCUGCGCUGUUAUUUCAUGGCGAGGACGGAGGAGCAGUCAAGUGAGGAAAGUGACGAGACUGACGAGACUGACGAGACUGACGAGACUGACGAGACUGACGAGACUGAUACGUGAAUCUAGAGAUAUGUGUUAGGGCAUCACGGCUACUUUGCGAAUGGAAUUGCUUUAUUUACUAAACUCCCUGUUUGGGGGGUUGCAGUGUAGUCCGGGGAAAGUGGAUGUCAUGGGCUUCUUCCUUAUGUCAAUCACGAAUAUGUCAACAACACCCCUGAU